AUCACUAGACCACCAUCUAUACGGGUACAAUUGUCACGUUGGGGAAGAUGUUGAUCGGCUGAACAUCUAUAGGGGUAGAAAAAUCGAAUUUUACAAGAAACAGUUCGUUCUAAAUUCCGAUUCGCAUUCUUGUCGGUGUAAAAUAAAUUUGUGACCGUCGUUUGGAAGAUCUGACCAAAAUGGCCAAGGAAAACCCCAACAUGGAGAUGAAGACUGUGCAAAAUGGAAAGGGUGGUGAAAAAUUCAGCGACGAGCUUACCAAAGAAGAAAAAAGUAACGGCCCUUCGUUCGGAAAAAGACACACCCAGAUCUUAAUUUAUUUCCUUCUCAUAUUCAUCGCGUAUGGAAUUAGAGUAAAUUUGUCAGUUGGGAUAGUAGCCAUGACUGAUCCAACUGCAAGUAGUAAUCCAGAUGUACCGACCUACAACUGGACGGACAAAAGCGUCAUGCUGUCGGCCUUCUUCUGGGGGUACGUCCUGCCCCAGGUGGGCGCCGGGUGGCUGGCCAACACCUACGGCCCCAAGUGGUUCCUCAUCUCGGCGAUGGCCGUCUGUUCUUUGUUCGGGCUUCUCCUUCCCUCGAUGGCCGCCAUGUUUGGUUCUAAGGGCGUGAUGGCCAGCAGGGCCAUCCAAGGGCUCUGCCAGGGGUUCAUUUUCCCUUCCACGCACAAUCUGCUGGCCCAGUGGGUGCCGCCGAACGAGCGGAGUAGGCUGGGCACGUUCGUCUAUGCAGCUGGACCCUUUGGCACCGUUGUAUCAAUGUUGGUGACUGGAUUAAUAUCUUCGAGUUGGUACGGCUGGCCUCUCGUUUUCUAUCUAUACGGAGUUGCUGGCUUGCUAUGGUCCGUCAUAUUCACCUUCUUCGGAUACAACGGCCCAUCCUUCCACCCCACGAUAACAGAGGAAGAGAAGUUCUACAUUGAAAGCAGCCUGGGCCACAGCGACGACAAAAGGAAGCUGCCCACUCCUUGGAAGAAGAUUCUUACGUCGGCACCGGUCUGGGCCAUUCUUCUGACCCAGUGCGGUCAUAAUUGGGGUUUCUGGACCCUCCUGACCGAGAUCCCCGUCUACAUGAGUCACGUGAUGAAUUUCAACAUUAAAUCGAACAGCGUGUUAUCGGCUCUACCGUACUUUGUGCUAUGGGUGCUGAGUUUUGUAUUUAGCGUGACUGCCGACAUGUUGGUUAAUAAGAACUUGUUCUCCAUUGGAACUUCCAGGAAGUUUUUCAACACUAUAGGUCUUGUGGUACCGGCUAUAGCCUUAGUAUGCCUGGGCAACACAGGGUCUGAAGAAACGAACAAAGCGAUCGUCCUCCUGGUGGUGGCAGUUGGUAUCAACUCUGCGGUGUUCUGCGGCUUCAACGUCAACCACAUGGACAUUUCCCCGAAUUUCACCGGCACCCUGAUGGGUAUCACCAAUGGUACUUCGAACAUUUUCGGCAUCGUCGCUCCCCUGUUGGUUCAGUUUUUGGUGACCGACGAAAAAGAUCCAAAUCAGUGGAAAGUCAUAUUCUACAUGACGUCUUCCAUUUACGUCCUAGCCAGCGUGAUUUUCAUCAUAUUUGGCUCGGGAGAAGUCCAGUCCUGGAACGAUGAAGAAAAUAAUAAAGACAAAGAAAAAUCUCAAGCUUAAGCUGUAAUGGAUGUGAGUGUUAAUUAAUCCUGCUGUGAUACUUAUAUUUAUGAAGUACUGUGAUCUGUCGUAUUUUAUCUAGAUAUACAAGUUAAAAGAUGAGAUUGCUAAACUUGCAACAGAGAUGUAUUUAUACAAGUCAUCGUUAAUUGUUGUUUGUAAGACAUUUAUUACAAAUGUAGAGGAAAAAUAGAGGAAUUAUUGUGUAGCUAAGAACGUUUUUGAAAUGUUAAUAUUUUAAUAUUUAUAAAGCUCUGGGAGCCUUUAAUUUAUUAGAUACUUGUUACGUAUCUUAUUUAUAAUACAAAUUGAUCUGUAAGUUAUACAAAUUGUACCUAUAUUGUUCAUUAAUCUAAAAAGUACAAUAAAAUAAUUA